AUGCGUCAAAUGAAUUGGACGGCGGAAAAACACGGUGGUUAUAUCCGUAUGGUUAAUGACGAAUGUUUGCGGUUAAAAACAUUGGAUUGGACCAAGCCCGAACCUUUUCGUGGACCGUUGGAUAGAUUCCGAUGGAGGGUCACGGCAAGUUAUUUCAUGUGCUGGUAUACAAUGCAGAACACCACGUUACUGUCAAGGUUUAGCGAAUCUUGUGAUGAUAUCGGAGAAUGUCACAACGAUGACAAGUUAAAUGAUUUUCGAGCUAUUAAUAAUAUCCCUUAUCAAUGCGCUUUGUAUAGUUUUUGUCCUGACCAAUGCUGUCCUUUACGACAGGCUACGCAUCCGACAGAAUGUCAAGAGGUGAAUCCAUGUCGAAAUUCUAUGGUGGAAGAUAGAUGCACAUUUAUUCGGAACGAUAACACCUGGUUACCAUCUAUCAUAUAUAAUGAAUGGAAUGUGUCGUGUACUUGCAGUCCUGGAUAUGAAUGGGAGUCAAGAUAUGGUAUAUGUGUUGAUGUAAACGAGUGUAUCAAAAAUUUUGAUUUGUGUGAUAUCGAGACUGAAACUUGUAUAAAUCUUCCGGGACGCUACAAGUGUGUUUGUCGCUGGGGAUUCCAGUGGUCAACAGAACAGCAAAUCUGUGUCCCGGACAUGCUGGUGAAAAGUGCGGAAAUCCGAUUCGGUAUGCGUUAUGAACCUGUUAUAAAGACUCAUACGUCAUUUUCAGUUACUAAUAUGAUUAAUUUCAUUUGGGAUUUCGUCAUAAACGUUUGGCAUCAAGUUCGUCACAGUAUUGACGCACAUAAAGUUUUGUAA